AUGCACCCCGAGGUCUUGGAGCCCCCGGCGGAAGAGGGAGAGAAACCGGACUGCGAGCGGGAGCCGGGUGUGGUGCCCGGCGUGGAGGAGUCUGCGGGCGACCGCGGGAACGCAGGCCAGGGGGACCGCAAGGAAGAAAUUAAUGAUCCUAAGGAAUCAUGUGCGGGUCCUUCGGACACAUCCUACAAAAGUGAGCAGAAACAGAGUGGUGAUAGCAGGUCAGACGGUUGCUUAGCACACCAAAGAAGUGACAAAGAAGAUGAUGGCCCCAGAAUGACUAAACAUUUCCUACAGAAACUCUGCAAGCAACACAAGCUUUAUAUUACCCCAGCAUUGAAUGACACGCUGUACUUACACUUUAAAGGUUUCGAUCGCAUCGAGAACUUGGAAGAGUACACAGGGCUGCGUUGUCUCUGGCUGGAGUCCAAUGGAAUACAGAAAAUCGAGAACCUGGAUGCCCAAACCGAAUUGCGUUGCCUCUUCUUGCAAGUGAACUUGCUUCAUAAAAUCGAGAACCUAGAACCUCUGCAGAAACUGGAUGCUCUCAACCUCAGCAACAAUUACAUCAAGACCAUUGAAAACCUCUCCUGUCUGCCUGUCCUGAACACGCUCCAGAUAGCCCACAAUCACUUAGAGACGGUGGAAGACAUUCAGCAUCUGAAGGAGUGUUUGAAACUUUGCGUUCUUGACCUUUCCCACAAUAGGCUGAGUGACCCCGAGAUCUUGAGCAUCCUGGAGAGCAUGCCUGAUUUGCGUGUCCUGAAUUUGAUGGGAAACCCAGUUAUUAGGCACAUCCCUAACUACCGAAGGACAGUCACUAUCCGACUAAAACACUUAACAUUCCUGGAUGAUAGACCAGUUUUUCCAAAGGACAGAGCUUGUGCAGAGGCCUGGGCGAGGGGAGGGUAUGAGGCGGAGAAAGAGGAGAGACGGCAGUGGGAGAGCAGAGAACGGAAGAAGAUCACAGACAGCGUUGAGGCCUUGGCCAUGAUCAAGCGGCGGGCUGCGGAGAGGAAGCGGCAGAAGGAAAGACAAGAGAGAGGGGAGGUGCCCGCACCAGAUGAAAAUGAGAACAUGGAUGUCAAUGAGGAAGGGAAGGAAGAGCCUCAUGAAGAUGGAGAAAGGCAGCAAAAAAUGGAGCUGUUUGUCAAGGAAUGCUUCGAGGCCAAGGAUGAGCUCUUCCCAGAAAAGUCGAGUUUCUUAGAGGAGCUGCCUACUCAUGUUAAUUCAGAGGUUGAAGACCAGGAUCCAGGAGGGCUGCUCCCAGCUGAGGCCCCCAAGCCAGCAACCCUGGGAGCUACCUGGGAAGAAUCAGCUCCCCAGGUUGUGGCCACUGAGAGUGCAUCAGGUACAGAACCUGGUGGAGGUGAAGAUUUGGAAACCAUUGUGCUGAAGACAGAGGAGAAGCUCUUCAUCAAUGACCUACCUGACUUGGAAGAUGUUGAUACAGGCGAAUCUUUGGAAGAACAGGACAAGAUGUGCUUUCCAAAGAUUACAACCAUCUCGAGCUUGAAUGAUGACAGUGACCCUGAGCUGGACUACACCUCACUCCCAGUGCUGGAAAACACAUCUACACACACCCUUUCAAACAUAUUCGCAAUCUCCAAGGACACCUCCAGGAAAGUCGAGACGCCCUUUACACACAUAUUUAAAGAAGCAGCAAAGAGGGAGUUGGAGACCCAAAGUAGGGACACCAAGUCCCCACGCCCACUGAUUCAGGAGCUCAACAGCAAUGAGCCUUCGGGCAAACCACCAACACCCCCCACCUGCAAAAAGGACGAUGUGGCACCACCCCCUUCCAGUGAGGACGGGUACGGUGACCUACUUUCAGCCUCUCCUCCAGGUAAUGCCACCCUGCUCUCAAAGCAUUCCCGGGUGGGUGGCAUCUCCGGGCUACUUAGGACCGUGCAGAUCUUGGCAAUCUUGUUCAGCAGGUGUAGAUGGGGCUAGGGAGCCUAUUUUCACCCCCUUCCUCACCAUCUAGAUCCUCAGCCUUUCCAGACAAAGGCUUCUAAGGGAGGGAGGGGACUGGUGACACCACAGCUGGGAAUGUGGGAACAGCAGGCUGAUUGUGGCCCCUCCACAGUGAAGGUCCAGAAUCAGGAUAUAGGACAUGUGAGACGGGAGGUUCACCAGGCAGAGACAGUGUCCAGAGCAGCUGGCUGGGUGGGACAGAUGAGGCCACAAUCUGACAUAUCAGCCUGGACUGGUGAUGGGGGCCUGAGCCUGUGA